CCAUGCCAAGUGACAGCUCCUGCAUCUGUGUGGGUCAGCCCUGCUCCGUGCUGGGUUGAUGGUGUCCUGGUCCCCAGGGGUCAGAGCCCUGCUCCCUGCCAGGAUUAUGGCAUCCUCAUCCCUGUGAGUCAGACCUGCUCCGUGCUGGGGUGACGGCAUCCCGGUCCCCAAGGGUCACAGCCCUGCUCCGCCCCCUUUCUCAGCCAGAAAUAACUUCUGUCCCGUGGCUGGACCUUGGCAUCUGGGCUGGAGCCCAGGGCGGGUUGGGGCGAGCAGCAGGAGCCCAAGGGUGCCGUGAAGGGCCAGCAGAGGCCACCGAGUGCUGGUGGCUGCAGCUUGGCUUCAUCCUCAUCCCCAGUGCAGCAGGAGAAGCAUCUUCAGUUCCCAGCAUCUGGGGUAUCCCCUGGCCAGGUAGGGAAGCCAGCCAGGAUCCAUCCCCCUCCCACAGAGCUGCCCCAAGAGCACAGCAGGAAGUGAUGGCCAUCAUGAGACCGAGCCCUGGAGAUGCCUCCUCAGAGCCCCAGCUGGACCUGGGGAAGAAGAUGAGCACAACGCAGGACCUGAUGAUCGAGGAGCUCUCCCUGCAGAACAACCGCGGCUCCCGGCUCUUCCAGCAGCGCCAGAAGCGAGUGCAGCGCUUUGUCUUUGAGCAUCCCAGCAGCUCCAGGCAGCUCCCAGGGCAAGGGGCAGGUGGCUCACACCACACUGGGAAAGGUGAUCCAGAAGGAACAGUGAAUGAACAGAUGGCAGGGGAGAAUGCUGAGGGCCAGGAGAAUUAUCACUCCGAGCUCCACGUAGCAGCAUCCCCCCAAGGUGGCCCUCCAGAAGUACCCAAGAAGUCAGAGAAGGUCUUGCACAUGAGCAAAGUCCUGAACCCCAGUGCCCUGGCCCCAGGGUACUCGAGCCCCCUUAAAGAAAUCCCUCAUGAGAAGUUCAAUGUCACUGCCAUCCCCAAGGGCUACCGGUCCCCAUGGCAGGAGCUCUUUGGUGACAGUGACGGUGCCACGUAUGGCAAGAACCCGCCGCCCAUGAGACCCCCUGCGUGGGACUUCAGGAGCUUCAACAGGACUCCAGCCCCGUUUGACAGGGCGUUGGUUGGUGAGCCGUUCUCUUUGCCCACCAUAGAGCUGGAUAACCUGAGUGUGCUGGAGCUGAUUUCCCACAGGCCCAACUUCAACAGGGUGGCCCAAGGCUGGGUGCGGAUCCUGCCAGAGAGCGAAGAGCUGUAGGAUGUGCGCUCCCUUCCCCACGGCCACGGAUGGUUCCCUCACUGGACUCGGACACACUCGCAGGGGAGGGGGGGCAGGUAAACUUUGUGAAAGCUCAGCUGGUGGGCUUGGGUUGUCAUCUUUGAAUGGAGUUUGACUGAGCUCGAGUGUGGGACCAUUCUGAAUUCCCCCUGCAGUCAUUACCAAGCCAACCAGCCAAGUCCUCGCUGUUAAUCCCGCAAGCUCCCGUACAAAACAUCCCGUACAGCCUGUCCUCUUCCCUGCCUCAUGGAAAACAGCAGCACUGCCAGCUGCAACACACCAAGCUGCCUCACUGCAUCCUCACUGACACACGAGACCUGCUCGGACAGCUGGUGCUUUUGCAGAGAAAUUCCAUCUUCAGGACAACCCUGCACCUGUCAUUCCAGGCAGGACACAGAGAGGAGGUGAUAAUGGAAGAGCACUUGCAAAACAAGUUACUUGAGGCAUUGGCAUGUUUAAAGCAGCUACCUUGAGCUUGGCUGGACAACAAAACAAAUGAAGGAGUGGGAAUCUACCUGUUUACCAACACAGCACAGCCACAAUAGAGGGGAGAGGAACACUGGGAGAUGGAAACUUGUACCAUUUUCCACGAGCUACAGGCUAACACUUGGCAGCUAUCUUCCCCUUCCUACCGCUCUUUGUGUGUCUCGCUUGAAAUGUAAUCUAGGCUCUUGGAGUGACUUAGACCAGACUUGCUUCAUGCAGUUGGUCAAGGAUCAGGCCCUGCCUGGACCCAGUGCCCUGCAGAACCACACCAUGUGAGGAUGCUGCCAGCACAUUCUGGUAACCUCAGUGGGAAGGAAAAGCAGCACAGCUGUGCCUCCAGAGCAAGCACGGGCUUCCCUGGGAACAUGAAAAUCAGCAGUGAGGAUCCAACCACACCAACGUUUUCAGCAGUGACACACAGUGGGACAUGCAGUUAACAACAGCCUACAGUCACCAGAACAUCUGGGGAAGCCCACUCACAAAAUCUGACUCAGCACAGGCCUCCUUCAAUUGCUUUUGUCAGGUUCUUAAUGUUACCCUUUCUUAUACUCCCAAAAGCACCAGGAUAAAAGUUCCUUUUUCCACCACUGUGGUUAAAUGGGGCAAGUAAAUGUGGUAAAAAUGCAGUUAGCAGCUGCCUCAUAUGUGAGGUUUGUAUUGCUGUGCAGAGCAAACCCCACGCAGGGACUCUGCUGCCACAACAUACUAUUCAGGUGGGAAGAUCUCAUUACUCUGCUUCCCACAGAAGCAGGAGGGGGCAAGUAAAUGGAAAGAAAAAUGGUUUGUUCCUUAGAAACAAUAAAUCUGAUGCUUAACUGCU